AUGGCUGGCUGGAAUCAUACAGGUGUGAAGGAAUUCCUUCUGGUAGGUUUAACUGAAAAUCCUAAUUUGCAAGUCCCCCUCUUUUUGCUUUUCUCCUUCAUUUAUUCCAUCACACUGGUAGGUAAUUGGGGGAUGAUUAUCUUGAUCUGGUUAAAUACCCAACUUCAUACUCCAAUGUACUUCUUCCUCAGCAACCUCUCUUUUUGUGAUAUUUGUUACUCUACUGUCUUUGCUCCUAAGAUGUUGGUCAACUUCUUAUCAAAACACAAGGCCAGCACUUUUUAUGGCUGUGUUCUACAGAGUUUCUUUUUUGCAGUGUAUGUAACCACAGAAGGCAUCCUCCUGUCUAUGAUGGCUUAUGAUCGUUUUGUGGCCAUAGCUAAUCCCUUACUGUACACAGUCAUAAUGACCCAAAGGGUGUGUAUUCAGAUGGUCCUUGCAUCUUACUUGGGUGGCCUCAUUAACUCACUGACACACACUAUAGGUCUGCUCAGACUAGACUUCUGUGGUCCUAAUGUUGUAAAUCACUAUUUCUGCGACGUUCCCCCACUUCUGAGGCUUUCUUGUUCUGAUGCCCAUAGGAAUGAAAUGCUGCUUUUAAUAUUCUCUGGGGUCAUUGCAAUGUUCACUUUUAUUAUCAUCAUGGUCUCGUAUGUCCGCAUCAUCAUUGCCAUCCAGAGAAUCCGCUCAGCCGAGGGGAGGCGCAAAGCCUUCUCUACCUGUGCCUCCCACCUGACUGCUGUGACCUUAUUUUAUGGGUCUGUGACCUUUAGUUACAUCCAGCCAAGUUCUCAGUAUUCUUUGGAACAAGAGAAGGUCUCUGCUGUAUUUUAUACAUUGGUGAUCCCCAUGCUAAAUCCACUGAUUUAUAGCUUGAGGAAUAAGGACGUGAAAGAUGCAGCAAAACGAUCAAUAUUGCGGAAGAGAACCCCAACUUGA